CGUGAUUGGAGUUGUGGAUAAAGAAGACAGACUUGUGGUACUUCAUGCUGACGACAAAUAGCUGCUAUGACGACAACGUGGAAAGUGGCCAAGUGAAGCUGAACUGGUCAUGGUCUGUCGCCCAGGGUUCCUUUGUCGUCGGCGAUUUUGCCCUCGGCCCUUCUUGGUGGGCUUGGUGGUGGCACUCUGUCUCUUCUAUCAGACCCUGACACUCCGUGGGGCGAGGAAGAUCACAGCCCCUGCUCCUGGGGCUGCCCCCCACACUCCCACCGACAGGCACCCAGGAUAUCCAUGCAAGCAAGGAUACCCAAAGGACGAACCCUGCUUCCUUCUCUCCGGUAAUGCACAGGAAAUCAAGGAGAUUGAAAAAUCAAUUGAGGCACACUUUGGCCAUGAUGGCAGAAGGGCCAUCCUCUACAAGCCUCCUUCUUAUAGAAAAAUGGCACUGGAGCUAUACCAGAAAGUUCUUGCGCAGCAUGGCUACACAGUUGUCAUCAUUGAAGAAAAGCUUGGUGCUGAUCCAGAACUGGGGCUGCUAGAACAAGGGGAUUUGGGCUCCUGGGACGUGCUCAUUUGCCUGCCUUCUAGGACAGCUGAUGCCAAAUCCUGCAUAUGCAAGGAGGACCUGUGCCAGUUAGCGCCACACCAGAAGAUAAACAUAUUGCCAGAAAUACAGUAUCAGCUUUGCAGAAAGGAAGGGCUGUGCCAAUUAAUCAGAAGAUUUCCAGAACUGAAACUUCCUGUGAAUCCCUCUGUGUGUGCAGAUCCUCGAAUGCAAUUACAGCCCAAUAAUUCCAGUCACGUGUUAAAAUCACUGAAGACGUAUAUUUGGAAAACAUGGGACUGGCGGCGUGAGCAGCUGAAGCAAACAAGAGACCUUGCUCCACAGGAAAUAAUCGUUAGAGCUGAAGAACUAUCUGUGAUUCUCAAAGCAUACGUAUUAGUAACGUCCUUAACCCCUUUGCGUGCUUUUAUUCACUCAACUGGCACAGUGUGGAGUCCACCAAAGAAAAAACGCUUCACUGUCAAGCUGCAAACGUUUUUUGAGACAUUCCUGAAGGCCAGUUCGCCACUGCAGGCAUUUGAUAAUAUGAAGGAGGCAAUUAGCAAACUGCUGCUGGCAGCUGAAGCAGUCAGUGAACCCUCUAAUCUGGGACCAAAGACCUUCCAAAGAUGUAGAUUAUGUUUUCAGCUCUUAACUUUUGAUAUUGGUUACAGCAGUUUCAGGUACCCUACAGUUCUUCAGGUACAUGAAUAUUUACAUUUUCAAGAUGGUGACAAUAUGAAUUUUGAGGACCAAUAUAUUGAAGAAUUCCUUUUAAAAGAUACUUUCAAUUUUCUUUUCUCCAAUGAUUCUACACCUUUCAUAUUUUCUGAGAUAUUUCAAAAACUUUAUAGAUCAGGUGUAUUUAAGGGUGAAAACUAUCAAAAGGAAUGUUUAUCUUUUGAGGAAAUUACCUCAGUUAUGACGUUUGUAAAGGAACUUGAAAGUCUGGGACAAUUCCAACUGCUCUUCCCACCUACCACUCCGGGGACUCAAUCUGUGAUUCGUGACUUUUAUGAUACAGAAAGUUCCAUGGGAAAACCUGGUUCAGUCCUGGCCCGAUACUCGUCACUUUUAAAUGUAUUUGAACAAUUUUGGCUCAUGAAUAAAAAAGUACAGCUCCAUCCACUAGAAUGGAAUUCUUUCACAGAAGAUGCGAAUAUUGAAAAACCACAAGUGCUAUUUGAUGCAACUGAAAAUGAAAAAGCUGAAGUUCCUCAAGUUUUUAAUGAAAAUAAAGAUAUACAUUGCAACAAUGAUAAACACACGUUGUGUCAUCUCAAGCAGAUCUACACACACCCGCGCUUGGAACUAAACCCUGAAUUUAAUUCGAAGAUCAGAGAUUAUUACGCUGAGGUGCCAUUUGAUGUGGUGACGGUGACCAUCCGCGCAGAAGCUUCUGACUGCCAGUGCAGUGUGCACCUGCAAGAGCGAACAGGCCCAAGCUCUGCCAACUACCCUCUGGGAUUAGGAAUAAACAGAAUCUCAGUGAUAGUGGUAGAUGAAUCUCCAGCAGAGGGGGAGACACGGAUCACCUAUAAACUCACCAUCUACAGAGAACAUCGCCCAAGUCUGCCUUUCUUUGAGGACUUCACAGCCUGCGGUUUUGUGCAGGAUUGCGGUUUGCUGAUUCACCCAGAGGAAGCCUGUGGGUUGCAGCCCAUUUCUUCAGACUACAUUGAAGCCAUUUCACACCCUGAACUGAAGAGCUGUCCAUCUGGGGACACAAAAGGUCAGUGGAUUGUGCCUUGCCUAAGCUGUUCAGACAACCGGACCUGUGACUGGAGAGAAAUAACUUGGCAGCCCCACAACUGCCAACAUGCUAUCCUAACUAAGCCUCAACUUCAGCAGUGUCUGGGAGGAAGGAAGAUUCUUUUUAUUGGUGAUUCAACCAACAGAGGGAUCAUGUACUAUCUGAUUGAAAGACUGAACGAAACGCUACAGGAAUGGCAGAAGGUGCAUGGCACUAAACUAUACCCCAAUGUCAAUGGCGGGAAGACUUGGAUCAGUUACUCCUACUAUCCCCAGUUUUGGAUAAGCCCCUCAAUGAGACCAACAUUUGAGAAAGCACUUGAGCAUCUCUUGCAAAGAUCACGUCCCCUAGAGAAUACUGGCCAGACAGUAUUGGUUGUUGGUGGUGUUCAGUGGCUUAAUUCCCAUCACCUGGAAAUUAUUCACAGGGUUUUGAAGAGGGAAAAUCUACUCCAUAUCCUAGUGAUCAUCAAAACUUUGGGCAUUGGAUUUCACCUGCCAGUGCAUGGAGUUCAUGUAUUAACCAAGAGUGAAGUACAGAACUUAUGGAAAGAAAACUUGGUUCUUCUGAAUGCUGCAAGAAGCUAUGGCUAUGAAGUAGUUGACACCUUCGCUCUAACAAUGGGGCGAUACAAAGAAUUUCUGCAGGGCAGCUGUGCGUGCCAUUUCCAUGAGGUGGUGAAAUCAAAAUUAUCCAAAGAAUAUCAGUUUAUUAAAAUGAAAAUAUCGAAGAAUCAUAUUGUGGGAAAAUAUUUCAGCAAUCAAAGCAAACUACGGCAACAGCAAGACUCAGUGACAAAUUUUCAGUCAUCUUAUCAUGUCAGAGGUCCAAUAAAUCAGGUUUGCUCUGAAAUCCUUCUCAGCAGGAUGUGUACAAGUAAAAGGACUAUGGAGACUCCAUGAAGGAGAAUUGAAUUUGGAGUUGGUGUUGCUCUUAAACAAAGAUCUGGGAACAAGACAAUGUGCCUCACAUGGAUUUUGGAUUGACCACAUGCUCAUGCACAGGGAUACAAGCACACACCCCAAUAUACACUUAGGUACAAAUGAGCAAUAGCACUUUACAUAAAGCUUUAAAAAGUUAAGAUAUGAAUUUGAACAUCCACUUGUUUUGGAGUGAAAGGCAGAGCUAAAAAGGGAUUACUUGAAAUAUCAUAAUCUAGGACCACUAUGGGCCACCUAUUACAUUAUCAUACACUAACACUUGAGUUCCAGGACAAAGAGGGAGGGCUGUGUUGUUCAGUAAUGCCAUGGACGCAUUAAUAUUAAAAGGAUGAAGGAGUACAUAUAUUCCACUUGCAAGUAGGGAUUACAUUUCUGUUCUUUAUGGGGGGAAAUGUGACAUUUUUGAUCGUUUAGUCUUUUGUGGACAUGAUGCUUAUGAAAAACAUUUCUUCUUUUCCUUUUAAAAUUGUAUGACUGAAAGGAAAAGAGCAAAAGUGAUGCUCCACAAGGGAAUUUGAGAAGAUUCUGAGAGAGAGAAGAAGUGGGAUGUUUUAUAGUUAAAACAUCAGUAUAUUUAACUCUGUGCUCCUUAUGUUUCUCAUAAACAUUUCCCCCUGUCCUGUCUAUGAACUUAGGUGGGAAACUGCAGUCUAAAUGGAAGAAAUACAUCAUUUACAGUGAGGAACAGAGCAUAAUUCCUCAUAUAUUACUUUACCAUAUUUCCUUGAUGGCCUUAUUUAGGAUAAUCUUUGUUUUUCCAUCCUGCACCCAUAUAAUUUAAGAUUACACAUCCAUUUUAAUGUAACUAUUUUCCACAGGACUACAGAUUCACAAAUGCAUAAGCAUAAAGCAUUUUUUAUAUCUUGAAAGAGUAAAAUGUUACUAGUAGCUGUAUUUUUAUUUUCUUGAGAAAUUGUAUCUAGUACAAAUUUAGAGUAGGCAUAAAAUUAUGACAUAACUAUAAAACAUGCCUAAUUGCAGUAUUGAAUUCUAUCCUUUUAGGAUUAGAAUGGUAAGAGUCCUUAUUAUGCAAAUGUUUAGCUAUGAGAUAACAUUUCACUGCUAUAGUUACUUUUAAAGGAUUACUUUUCUUUAGGGGAAAAGUGUCUGAGAGGCAUAAUUCGAUGUAUGGCUGAAAUUACUAAAUGCACAAAUACCUCAAUCUUGUUGCCAUACAAAAAUAAGACUAUUUUGAUUGGUUGGUACUUUAGAAUGAAUAUCCACCUUCUUUAAAUACUCUAUUUUUAUAUAUAUUUUUAUAUGAAUAUAAACACAUUUUAAUUGUCUUAAAUUAUAUUUAAAUGCAAAUAUCACUUGGUAUAAAUAAUAAACAUACAUUUUACAGAUGGAAACAUUCUUUUCAAGAAUGGUACAGACAGAAUCAGCUUCAAAAUGAAAGGUUUUUCUGCACCCAUAUGGAAGCAUCAUUUUUAGGUUUACAGAGAUGUAUUUAAAUGAUAUAAAAUAUUACCAGUUUCUGCAGUUUCUCCAUCAUGUUUUCAUGUCUUGGAAAUUAUAAAUAACUUUCUAACUUUCAGUCUUCACUUAUUGUAGAUUAGUGUUUUCCUGACAGAAGCAAUAAUUUGACUGAGGUUGGUCUAGCAUUUACCUCACCAUUGACAUCAUAGUAGACUUUAGAAACAGUUGUAAUGGUAUUUUUAA